AUGGCCUCCGACACAAAAUCAUUCGAUGGGGCAAAGACGACCACCGACGAUGCCGUCCAGGCUGACCCCCCGUCCCAAGGGUUGAACGAUAUGGACUGCGAGAAGCAUGGCGCCAACAGCGAGUCCAAUCCGCUGCCCGAUCUCAAGCGGAAGUUGAAGAGCAGGCAUCUGCAGAUGAUCGCUAUCGGCGGUACUAUCGGCACCGGUCUCUUUAUCAGUAGUGGCACCGCAAUUGCCAAUGGCGGCCCCGUCGGCGCCCUGAUCGCCUACCUCUUCGUCGGAUCCAUCGUCUACUCCGUCAUGACUUCGUUGGGCGAGAUUGCCACCUACAUCCCCAUUCCUGGAGCGUUCACCGCCUAUGCGGCGCGCUUGAUCGACCCCAGUCUCGGUUUUGCCAUGGGCUGGAUCUAUUGGUUCUCCUGGGCCAGCACAUUUGCCCUCGAGUUGACGGCAACGGGCCUCAUCAUCCAAUUCUGGGACCAAACGAUCAAUAUCGCUAUCUUCAUCGCCAUCUUCUGGGUCGUGAUCACCCUGCUCAACUUUCUUCCGGUCAACUUCUAUGGUGAACUGGAGUUCUGGUUUGCCAGUAUCAAGGUGAUCACGGUGAUCGGGUUCAUGAUCUUUGCGAUUUGCGUCGACGCCGGUGUUGGAGAAAAGGGGUAUCUGGGGUUCCGUUACUGGGUGGACCCGGGGCCGUUUGUCCCGUAUGGCUCUGUCCAGUCCGAUUCGACGGCUAAAUUCGUUGGGUUCUGGGCCGUGUUGAUCCAGGCUGGUUUUUCGUACCAGGGGACUGAACUCGUGGGUAUCGCCGCGGCCGAGACCGAGAAUCCCCGGGAGACCGUGCCCUCGGCCAUCCGCAAGACCUUCUUUCGGAUUCUCUUCUUCUUCGUGUUGACCAUUUUCUUCAUUGGUCUGAUCGUGCCGUCCGACGACAGCCGCCUUCUCACGGACGGCAAUGACGCCAACUCCUCGCCGUUCGUCAUCGCCGCCCGGCUUGCCGGGGUCCGCAUCCUGCCCCACAUCAUCAACGGCGUGUUGCUGACGGUGGUGCUCUCCGCGGCCAACUCCAACGUCUACAGCGGGAGCCGUGUGUUGAUCGGUCUGGCCCAGGAGGGUCUGGCGCCGCGGAUCUUCAAGAAGACCAACAAGCACGGCGUGCCCUACUACAGCGUCGCGUUCACCGCGGCCUUUGGGCUUCUCGGCUUCAUGAACGUCUCCAACGCCGGCAGCACGGUGUUCAACUGGCUCCUCAACAUCUCCGGCGUGGCCGGCUUCAUCACGUGGGGGUCGCUCAACGCCUGCCAUCUGGCCUUCAUGCGGGCUCUGAAGACGCGCGACAUCUCGCGCGAUCUCCUCCCGUACAAAGCCAUCUGGCAGCCGUGGUACUCGUGGUACGGGCUGUUCUUCAACGUCCUCAUCAUCAUCACGCAGGGGUUCACGGCGUUCAUCCCGACCUUCAGCGUCACGGACUUCUUCAUCGCCUACCUCAGCUUGAUCCUGUUUGUGGUGCUCUACGUGGGGCACAAGAUCAUCGCGCGGCCGUCGUUUGUCCGACCGGAGGACGCGGACAUAGACACGGGGCGAACGAUGCUGGAGAACGAGAUGUGGGAGACGACGCCGCGGACCAAGUGGUACAAGCGUGUGUACAGUGCCGUUCUGGGGUAG